UUCUUGGAGGUGAUCCUGGUGCAGCCAGACAGUCCGCGGAGAUCGCGCAGCGCGGGGGGUGGGACAGGCACCGAGGCGAAGGGAUCAGAGGGAAGGGGAGAGAAAGAGAGACAGAAACUGGGCAGCUCCUCGUCUUCCCCUCGGCGUCCCCAUGCCUCGGCGGUGCCCCGGCGCCUUCCCCUCGCCCCGGGCGCAGUAGCCAUGGCCGCGGUGGCGGUCCUCCGCAACGACUCCCUCCAGGCUUUCCUCCAGGACCGCACCCCCAGCGCCUCCCCAGACUUGGCCAAGCACUCGCCCCUGGCUCUUCUGGCCGCCACCUGUAGCCGGAUCGGACAGCCGGGCGCAGCGCCCUCGGAUUUCCUGCAGGUCUCCUACGACCCGACGCUGGGAUCCCCCUCCAGGAUCUUCCACCCGUGGAGCGGCGAGAUGCCGGCGCACUCCCCGGGGGGGCUGCCGCCGCCUCACCCCAGCCUGGGGCUGACCCCUCAGAAGAACCACCUGCAGCCCUCCUUCGGGGGGGCGCACGAACUGCCCCUCACCCCUCCGGCGGACCCCUCCUACCCUUACGAGUUUUCCCCCGUCAAGAUGCUGCCCUCCUCCAUGGCCGCCCUGCCGUCCAGCUGCCCCCCCGCCUACGUCCCGUACGCCGCCCAGGCCGCCCUGCCGCCCGGCUACUCCAACCUGCUGCCGCCUGCCCAGCCCUGCCGGCAGCUCUCGCCCAACCCGCCGCCCGAGGACAUCCCCUGGUGGAGCAUCCAGCAGGCAGGAGCCUCGGCCGGCUGCGGCCACCGCUUCCCCGCGGCCGCGGCGCUGCCGCGGAGCCUGGUGCUGGGCCACUCGGACUUCGCCCAGUACCAGACGCAGAUCGCCGCCCUGCUGCAGACCAAGUCUCCCCUGGCGGCCACGGCCAGGAGGUGCCGCCGCUGCCGCUGCCCCAACUGCCAGUCGGCCGCGGGCAGCGCCCCGGAGGCGGAGCCGGGCAAGAAGAAGCAGCACAUCUGCCACAUCCCCGGCUGCGGCAAGGUGUACGGCAAGACCUCGCACCUGAAGGCGCACCUGCGCUGGCACACGGGCGAGCGGCCCUUCGUCUGCAACUGGCUCUUCUGCGGGAAGAGCUUCACCCGCUCCGACGAGCUGCAGCGGCACCUGCGGACUCACACGGGCGAGAAGCGCUUCGUCUGCCCCGAGUGCGGGAAGCGCUUCAUGCGCAGCGACCACCUGGCCAAGCACGUCAAGACCCACCAGAACAAGAAGCUGAAGGCGGCGGCGGAUGGCGUCAAGCGGGAGGACGGCCGUGACCUGUGACCGCCGGGCGGCGGGGAGGGACCGGCCCGGGACCGUCGGCGGCCGCCGCACCUGCGGGCCGAGCCGCGCCGCGGCGGGAACUCGGGCCCGGGCCGCCCCGCAGCCGGCGGCGGGGCGGGGCAGAGGGCGGUCGGCUUUCGGACUCGCUGCGGGCCCGGCGAGCGGGAGCUGGGCUGGGGGCGACGUCGGGGGGAGCCGCCAACCCUCCGGCCCGGGACUGGACGCUCGCAGGGCCCCAGGGCCGCCGCCGCCGCCGCGCACCCCCGUCCCAGGACAGGCGUCUUCACCGGCCCCGCCGCCCCGGGGCGCCGCCGAGGGGAGGCCGCAGCCCUUGGGGCGGGAGCGGGGCCGCCACCUCGGGGGCCAGGGAUUGUGGGCGGCCGGGAGUGGGGCGGCAGCGUGGGCCCGGCCAUCCCGGGGCCCGGCCCUCGGUGCUUUCAGGGGAAAAGACUGAAGUUUUGUGUACAGGUUAUUUAAUAGUUCUGUUUGAAUACAAGUGUUUCUCUCCUCGUCCUCGGCCCCGUGCGGGGCUCCAGCAUGAGAUGUUUCUGUAAAGCGACCCGCGACUGCAGCGUGAAAUAAACACGUUAACACAGGGGUUACGCAGG